AGCCUGAAAUGCUUCUCUCUCUUUGCCCGUCUUGUGCCCCAUCCCCUGGCAACAGAGGCCUCACAGGUGGUACCAGUGCUCUGCCCAUGGACCUGAAGACGAUCCCAGCCUCCAGAGAGCAGGGCUGGUAUUUGAAGCUGAUGGCCCCCAACGUCAAGGGCCCGACCUACGCCUGGCUGGACCCCUCCCGCCUCUACUGCCACCAUCAGGCCUUGCACGACUGCAUCGAAGACUUGGUGCGACCCUUUCAGAACGAUGCCAUCGACCUGGUGGCUGGAAUUGAUGCCAUGGGCUUCAUCCUGGGUGCUGCCAUUGCCGUCACCCUCCGAAAAGGCUUUGUGGCCAUUCGCAAAGUCGGCCACCUCUGUGUCGAGACCAUCACCCAGGCCUACAGGGACUACUCAGCCCGUGACAAAGUGAUGGAAGCCCGCACAGACGCCAUCAGCCCAGGCCUGCAGGUGCUGCUGGUGGAUCAGUGGGUGGAGACGGGGGGGACCUUGCAAGGCGCCAUCCAGCUGGUGGAAAGGCAAGGCGGCGUGGUGGCAGGCAUCGCUGCCAUCUGCAUUGAGGAUAGUGAUGGUGGCCGCUGGCUCAAGUCCCACUAUAAGUGGUCCCACUGCAUCCCCCCUCACCUGAUGCCCCAGUUCAACGCUCACCAGUUGGACUCCUUCCAGGCUUUCCAGUCCGGCCCCCCGAGCGAGCAGCAGCUGCAACGGCACCCAAGCCAUGUCCUCGCCCCGGCACACCUGGGGGUUGGCAGCACCCCUGCUUAGCCUGUGCCCUCUGUGCCCCCGGCAGACCCUUCCCCGUGCCUGAGAGGAUUUUCCUUUGUCCGCCGAGCAGCUU